AAAGUGAAUUAUAAGUUUCGUCGUUUCAGUGACGUAUCAACAUAUUUGUUUCGUAUUCUAUUUAAUUAUAUUUGUUUUAAUGUAAAUUUUGUCUAAACAAAAUGUCUAUUGUAAGUGAAACUGCGAUAAAAAAUAUAGGGAAAGUACUUAAUGAUCCAUCGAGGCCUAUGAAAGAGCGUUUUCGAGCGCUUUUUACCCUUCGAAACUUGGGCGGCGAGAUUGCUAUACAAUGCAUUAGCCAGUGUUUUGCCGAUAAAUCUGUGCUGUUGAAACAUGAAUUAGCUUACUGUUUAGGUCAAAUGCAAGAUAAAAAAGCUAUACCUGUUCUACGAGAGGUACUAGAAGAUAUACAUCAGGAUCCCAUUGUCCGUCACGAGGCCGGUGAAGCGCUGGGAGCUAUUGGGGAUCCAAAUCUGCGGGAUUUACUUGAGAAAUAUAAAAAUGACCCUGCAAUAGAAGUGGCUGAAACAUGUCAAAUAGCCCUGGAGAGGCUCAACUGGGUUGCUAAUGAUGGAUGUAAGGAAAAUUUAUCUAAAAGUCCAUUCUCAUCAGUUGAUCCAGCCCCACCAAGCAGUGAGAACAAUGUUGACAGGUUGACCAAAAUUCUGAUGGACGAAAAUAAACCUUUAUAUGAAAGAUACAGGGCCAUGUUUAGUUUGAGGAACUUGGCGACUUCUGAGAGUAUUAAUGCUUUGGGUGAAGGUUUUAAAGCCACUAGUGCAUUGUUUCGUCAUGAGGUGGCAUUCAUCUUUGGCCAAAUGCAGGAUGAAAGGAGUAUACCAUACUUGAAGGAGAGAUUAGAAGAUACAGCUGAGCAUGAGAUGGUGCGGCACGAGGCUGCUGAGGCAUUGGGCUCUAUUGCUACUGAGGAAUGCACUGAAGUGUUAAAAAGAUAUUUGAACGACCCGCGUCCUGUUGUACGAGAGAGUUGUGAGGUGGCUCUUGACAUGUCCGAGUAUGAAAAUAGUCCAGAAUUCCAAUAUGCAAACACAUUGGUCACUGUCGAGGGAUAGUGUUGACAUGGCGUUAUAUAGUUUUAAUUAAUUGUAACGAUUCAUGCUGUGCAUAUUACUUAUAACAAUUUGACUGUUUACGAAUUUUAUAUACUUUAUGAUUUAAUACAUAGUUUUUAUUUAUAUAUUUUUUUUAAAUGAAACAACACAGUUGAUUGUAUUUAGCCCUAGAUUAGUAUUGUAGGAGUCGCAAUGCAUAUGAUAUUAAGGGCCAUAACAUCUUUAAUUUGGGAAAAAAUAUUUUGAUAUAUUUACACUUUUAAAAUUAAGAAUUGUUACAUAACAUUAGAGAUUAACUAUCGUUUUUGCACUAUGAUAUUGAAAUGGUUAAUAAAAAAUACAAUAGUAUUUCACUUGAACAUAAAGAUUUAAUACAUUCGCCGAUAGCUACAGUAUUGAAUUGCAUUCAGUAUUGUUGAUAAUGUAGAAACGAAAUAAAAUGUUUUUUACUACAAUAAAAUAUAUCACUAUUA